GCUGUAAACAUAAAUAGAACACUUUUAUGCGGAUAUUAAGUGUCAUCUCUCCUCUUUCUACUUAGAGAGAGAUACAAUCCACAGAGUGCUCAGAACUUGUGUAAUCUUUUCGGUACUAGAGAGAAGUGGGAGCAAAUUGUGACUAUUCAAACAUGGCGACAAGUAGUACAGUGGGCCUCACAGAGGGGCGAGCGUCUGGGAGUGCUGGGUCAGAGUAUUCCAAGACAGCACACCAAUCCAGAGAUAUGAAUACGAACGAUUCACAUGCACGUUCACAUCUAGAUACAAGUGGGGCUCAAAGGAGUAUACCUAAUUCGCGAUGUCGUAAGUCAUCUGUGGGUAAGUUGACCCCUUGCAACAAUAAAUCAUACGCACCUAGUGCACACCACAGCGGGCUUUGGCGAAACGGUAAAUAUGGUAGAGGUUCGUUUAAUACAGAGGGUGUCUUUACUUGGUCACCGGCACAUGGGUCUGACAGCGCCAGCAGCAUUUCGUUCGAUGGACGCGACUUGUUGUACGUGCAAAUCAAGGGUAAAUGCAACACGCCUAUUAGUACUGACCAGGAAGGGGACGAGGACGUUGCCACACAGAUUGAAAAUUCUCUACAGGAGGAGAUAGAGAUGCACGAGCGUGUGGAGGAUAAAGGGCGUAAAGGUAGCGCUUCGAGUUUGAGUGCAAUAGAUGCGGUUCUCACACACAGCCUGCCGCCAGCUGGACCAGAGAUAUAUCUAUUCGAGGUCACAUACGCCAACACAAAGUCUGUGAGUGAACCGGUUUGGACAAUCGAAAAACUAGUCCUAGGUUGUGUCAGCCAAGACAGUAUCAUCCAGUGGGUGACCGUGCUGCAAGACAGCAUCAAUGCGCAGAGGAAGACCCACAGACCCAGCCGGCUGUUGGUGUUUAUCAAUCCAUACGGGGGUAGAGGCUACGCAGAGAGUAUAUACAAAGAACAAGUGCGACCGCUGCUCUCUAAAUGCUCGAUCACAGUCGACGUUGUCUUGACAACGCAUGCCAACCACGCGCGGGAUGUGGUGAACACCACCGAGCGUUUGGGUGAGAAGUACGAUGGUGUGGUGGUGGUGGGUGGAGAUGGGUUGCUGUCCGAGAUCAUCAACGGUAUACUAACCAGGACGAACCGCGAUACUAUCAAGAAGCUCAGGAUUGGUAUCAUCCCUGCGGGGAGUACCAACUGUGUGUUGUACAGUGCACAAGGGGGUGAUGAUGUGACCACGGCCGUGCUGCAGAUCGUGCUCGGUAGUCGCAUGAGCCUGGACCUGGGCAGUGUAUGGGAGGGCAAGCGUCUGAAGACAUACUUUGCCAGCAUGGGAGCGUAUGGCUUCUUCGGAGAUGUCGUGCACAUGAGUGAGAACCAUAGGUGGAUGGGGCCUGCCCGGUAUGACUUCUCGGGAUUCAAGACCUUUAUGAAGAAGAGAGCGUACAGGGGCAAAGUCUUUCUGCGCAACACAGGCAAACGGAGAGGUCACUGUGGCGUGUGUCGCAUCGAUUGUCCCGGCUGUGAUAGUGACUCGGAAGAAACGUCGCCACUCCCGACGGUGAUGAACGAGGAUGGCGUCCACGUACGCGAUUCGCCGUUCUCCUCAUACGAAAGUCUAGAAGCUCGCACACAGAGUGCUGCUAGAGAUUCUGCUGUAAAUGAGAGUCAACAAUCAGAGUCAUCUGUCGCCGGAAGGGGUGGAGAGGGAUCGGCAAGCACACACAUACACUCACAACCGCAUACACAGGCCAAUCUAGACGGCCCCUUACCCACCACACACACAGACGCAUCUACUAGGCAAGAAGCACCCCUGGGCCCGUCGCCAGAUGGCUGGGAAGUAAUAGAGGGAGAUUUUAUCUGUGUAAACGCAACGAUCAUGUCGUGUCGGUGUCCGAAAAGUCCCAAUGGCAUGUCACCGCAUGGGCACUUGUCGGAUGGGUGCAUAGACCUCAUUCUUGUCCGAAACUGCAACCGAGCCCAGUACCUCGCUCAGCUAACGUGUCUGGCCAAUCCCACUGCGGAUCACUUGUCGUUCGAUUUUGUCGAGUUCACCAAAGUCACUGAAUUCUACUUUGUCCCGAGUGCAUCCGAGGACAAAGAAGACAACACCGAGUGGGUGGUGGAUGGCGAACCUCUUGGGACCGGUACCAUCCACUGCCAGGUGCACAGUAAUCUGAUACACCUAUUCCAACGUAGACCUCUGACGCUGCACAAGUCCAAGCCCAAUCUCAUCCACAAGGCGAGUGAACAACUCGACGACGGUGCCACGGACGGGGACAAAAAAAAACUGCAACCCCACAACUCGCAGACGCGACGGGCGGAUGCGUCUCAUGCUGGUGAUGGUGAGGUGGAGAGUCAAUUGGAGGAAGGCUCGCUCAGUGGUUUUGUUGGGAGCUUAGGGUUGGGUAUGUGUAUGAGUCCUGGGACCGCGGGAGGUGGCCCAGUUGGUCCAUCCCCGGAUUACAACGGCGAUAGCAGUAUAUCGCCUAGUGUCGAUAACAUUGUGGGAACGGGUAUUAAUGAUAGUAGUAUUGGCGCAAGUAGCAGUAGGGGUGUGGACAUUGGAAGUGCAGGCGAUGGUGUGGGACUAGAUGAGAGUCUCCAGAGUGUAAAUUACGCCACUCUGAAGGUCACGCCGAGCCUGCUGGAUUUGACGGCUGAGGAUGCCUCUGUUAUUCUGCGGCCCCCGGCGUCGCAUCUCAUACCAGCCAAGCGCGAAGAUAUUUAGUAUAAAUGGAUGAAAGCAUUCUUUGCUUGAAAUUCAUACCAUGUCUGUAAACCAAGAAUGGAGACAAUAAGCUGUAUCCAAGUCUGAGAUACCGCCUUGAUGUAUUCUUGGUCAGGCCUGCUGAUUCCUUCUGACAAUACUAAAACAAAUGUAAAUACAUAUACAUGCAC